AUGGUUCGCAUUACAAUCAACAUCAGCGAGCUCGACGACAACGGCGGCGUCUACAUAGAAGGCCCAACUUGCACCUCCGCACAUGCGACAUCGCAUCACGAAUCGGGUAACUUCAGUGCCGGUCAUGUGGGUACUACUGGUGGACCCGGAUUACCUGGAGGAGCCAGAUCUGAAGACGGCACCCAAACUACCACCGAUCGUUACACGGGCACACAAAGCAACUUGGGAAGGCAAGAGUCUAAUCUUGCUACUCAACAACCUCUUCCGUCGACGACUGGAAUGACUCCACCCGUAUCCGACUGCCCCUUUCAAGAGUCCGCAGACCUGUUAAUGACUAGACUUGAUCGCCUAGAACUACUGAUCGAGUCGACAGAACGAUCGAGAACUAGACGCCCAGCACAGGGUCUGUUGUCUUCUCGUUCUCUCGCAAGUGCGCCUGUUCCGUUUAGUCAAGAGACACUGCAUCAACAACGCCAGGAUCGUCUCGAUCGGGGUCCAAAUAUUGUUGACAUCCACGAUAACGACUUUCACCAUAACGUAACUCGUCCUCUUGCCCUUAACGACAACGAGUUCCACGAGCCGCCAGAGCAAUACCCGGAACAAAAUCCAGGACAGUUCCUAGCGCAGUCCAUAAAGAGCGGCAUAGACCGGCCGCUUCAACCCGAUGCGCAAGAAGACCCAGAUCCGUACACGAUGACCGGCGCAGACGGGCCACUUCAACCUGAUGCGGAAAGAGAAGAUACGUACGAAAUGACCGGCGCAGAGGGGCCGCUUCAACCUGAUGCGCAAAGAGAACCAGAUCCGUACACGAUGACCGGCGCAGACGGGCCACUUCAACCCGAUGCGCAAAGAGACCCAGAUCCAUACAUGGAGAGCAGGAUGGACAGGCCGCUUGGGCACGAUAGACAAGAUGCUCGAGCUCAGUCCAUGCGGAGCGAGUCCUAUAGGCCUCUAGAUUAUCCUCCUGACAAUCUCGAGCCCGAGUUCGACCCUUUAUAA